GGAAGAAGAAGAGGCACUAGUUUUUGAAGACGGGAAACAUGAAUCUGUUCAGGUUGGCAGGAGACAUGACGCACCUCCUGGGCAUACUGGUUCUUUUCCUUAAGAUCCACACCACCAAAUCUUGUGCAGGUACCAGUACAUUCAAACGUUCUAAUAACAGUAAUCAAUUGUGCCAGGGAUACAUGGACUUGAUUGUCAAGUAUUACUCUCUGUAUAACACAUUAUUCAAGCUAAUCUUCAUUGCAACUUCUUUCGCCACGGCCUGGUACAUGAGGUACCACAAAGUAGUGAAGCAUACAUACAACAAGGAUCAAGAUACUUUCAGACACUACUAUCUGAUCCUUGUUUGCUUAGUGUUGGCUCUUCUGAUUCCCCAUGGUUUUACCGUACUUCAAGUGUUGUGGACAUUUUCAAUUUACCUUGAAGCUGUUGCAAUUUUACCUCAAUUGGUACUACUUCAAAGCUCAAAAAACAUUGACAACCUAACUGGAAACUAUGUUUUUCUUCUAGGUACUUAUCGAGCCCUAUAUCUUCUCAGUUGGAUAUAUCGUUUCUUCACAGAGCUUCAUAGAAUUCGCUGGAUACCUUGGGUCUCAGGUCUAGUACAGACUGCUCUUUAUGCUGACUUUUUCUACUAUUACAUCAAAAGCUGGAAGAAGCACGAAGAGCUUAAGCUUCCUGCUUGAAAUGAUCAUUUCAAAUAUGUAAUUUCACCAACUGAAGGGCAAUUCAUUCCGCUGUUGAAGAGUGCUGAACAAUCAAUCUUCUCUUAUAGACAUCAUCCUUUUCACCGCUUCUCUCUUCUAAUCAGCCUGCAUAGAAUAGUGAUAAUAAUUAUGCAUGACUCCUACCACAUUUCUUGAUUCUGUAUAGAUAGUGGGGAACUCUUUUCAAGACUGUUAUUGUAGCUUUCAAAAUCAACCUUGGGAGGUAUUGGUGUUGUUAAGAGCUAACUAACAAAUUUACAUGGUUCCCUUUUAUAAGACUUA